AUGUCAAAUACCUCAGCAAGAGAGGAAAUUAAUGUAGAUAUGAACGAUCAACUAGAGGCCAUAAUACGUGAUGUUGGAGAAGAGUCCUUUAAUCGUGCACAUGUAUAUGAUAAUUUGUGCAGUGGCAAAGAAGAGCCUUUGUAUCCGAGAUGCACUAACUUCACACGAUUGUCUGCGGUAUUGAGAUUUUUCAACUUGAAGGCGAGAAAUGGCUGGACAGAUAAAAGCUUCACUGAAUUACUUGAAUUGUUGAAAAAAAUGCUCCUAGAAGGUAACACAUUGUCGAAUCGUAACUAUGAGGCAAAGAAGUUAUUGUGUCCAAUGGACAUGGAGUAUAGGAAAAUACAUGCAUGCCAUAAUGACUAUUUAUUGUAUAGAAAUGAGUUUGAAGAGUUGACUAAGUGUCCUAGGUGUGGACUAUCAUGCUACAAAAUGAAGGAUGGUGAUUCCAUUUAUGACGAAAGCUCAAAGAGACCUCCUGCGAAGGUGUUAUGGUAUCUUCCAAUAGUUCCAAGAUGGCAUGCCGAUGAGAGGAAGCGUGAUGGACAACUUCGUCACCCAGCUGAUUCUUUGAAAUGGAAGAAAAUUAAUGAUUUGUACCCGGAGUUCGGAAGUGAGCCUAGGAACCUUAGGCUUGGACUUUCUACAGAUGGAAUGAAUCCAUAUGGAAACUUAAGUAGUAACCAUAGUUUAUGGCCUGUUCUACUAGUUAUCUACAACCUACCUCCUUGGAUUUGCAUGAAGCGUAUAUAUAUCAUGUUAUCUAUGAUGAUUUCAGGUCCAAAACAACCUGGAAAUAACAUAGAUGUUUAUCUAAGUCCAUUGAUUGAAGAUUUGAGAAUGCUUUGGGAAGGUGUUGAUGUGUUUGAUGGGUAUUCUCGUGAAUAUUUUAUGAUGCGUGCAAUGCUAUUUUGCACCAUCAAUGACUUUCCUGCAUAUGGAAACUUGUGUGGCUAUAGUGUUAAGGGACACAAAGCAUGUCCUAUAUGUGAAGAAGGAACAUGCUACCAACAAUUGAAACAUGGAAGAAAAGUUGUUUAUGUUGGGCAUCAAAAAUUUCUCAAGUCUAAUCAUCCAUACCGUAAGUUGAGAAAAUCGUUUAAUGGAGACCAAGAGCAUGAAAUUUCUCAAAAAGCCUUAACUGGGGAGCAAGUUUAUCAACGUGUUAAGGAUAUAAAUGUUAUCUUUGGAAAGAACCAAAAACAGACAUCUGAGAAAAAUAUAUGGAAGAAGAAGUCUGUGCUCUUUGAUCUUCCUUAUUGGUCUAGUCUAGAUGUAAGACAUUGUCUUGAUGUGAUGCAUGUAGAGAAAAAUGUGUGUGAUAGUGUAAUUGGAACACUUCUCAACAUUCAGGGGAAAACAAAGGAUGACUUAAAUUCUCGUCUAGAUAUGGUUGAUAUGGAGAAAAAUGUGUGUGAUAGUGUAAUUGGAACACUUCUCAACAUUCCGGGGAAAACAAAGGAUGGCUUAAAUUCUCGUCUAGAUAUGGUUGAUAUGGGUAUACGACAACAAUUAGCUCCACAAUCAACAGGUAAACGAACAUAUUUGCCUCCUGCUUGUCAUACAUUGUCAAAAAAGGAGAAGAGAUGCUUUUGUGAGUGUUUAAGGGGAAUAAAAGUGCCACAUGGAUACUCCUCAAAUGUCAAGAGUCUUGUGUCAAUGAAAGAUUUGAAAUUAGUUGGCUUAAAGUCUCACGAUUGCCACAUUUUGAUGCAACAACUACUACCAGUGGCUUUACGUGGCAUAUUGCCUAAAAAAGUAAGAGAGGUCUUAACUAGAUUGUGUUUAUUCUUCAACGCUAUUUGUAGCAAAUUCAUUGAUCCUCAAAAAUUAAAUGAGUUGGAAAAUGAAGCUGUUAUUAUCUUGUGCCAACUAGAGAUGUAUUUUCCUCCUUCUUUUUUUGACAUCAUGGUUCAUUUAAUUGUUCAUUUAGUUAGGGAGAUUAAAUUAUGUGGUCCUGUUUAUUUGAGGUGGAUGUAUCCAUUCGAGUGUUACAUGAAGAUUUUAAAAGGAUAUGUGAACAAUCCACACCGUCCAGAAGCAUCUAUUGUUGAAAGGUACAUAGCAGAAGAGGCUAUUGAGUUUUGUUCUGAAUAUAUGACAAAAGCAGAAGCCAUAGGAAUUCCUAGAUCUCGUCAUGAGGGAACAUGUGUGGGUAAUGGUAUUCGAGGCUUAAAACUUAAGAGCAUGGGACGAGAGGAAGUACUUCAAGCACAUUUGUAUAUAUUGAAUAACACUGAUGAGGUUCAACCUUACCUUUCUACUCAUAAAAGCAUUGUGAAGGAAAAUUAUCCUAAAAUGAAUGAAAAAUGGUUGCUGAAUAAGCAUAACAAGACUUUCUUAAAGUGGUUUAAAGAAACCAUUUUAACCAACAAUACAACUUCUGAUACACUAAAAUGGCUAGCAAAUGGGCCUCACUUUGAUGUCAUAACUUGGACUGGCUACAAUAUCAACAAUUUUACUUUCUACACAAAAAGUCAAGAUGACAGAAGUACCAUGCAAAAUAGUGGGGUUAUGGUCGUAGCUGAGUCCAUGCAUUUCUCUAGUUCAAAAGAUAAAAACCCUGUUACAGCAUCCAUACCUUACUUUGGGACCAUUGAAGAGAUUUGUGAUGUCGAUUUCAUUAAAUUUAAAGUGCAUGUUUUUAAAUGUAAAUUGAUUGACAUCAAUAAUGGUGUUAAAAUUGAUAAAUUUGGUUUUACAAUGGUGGACCUUGAAAAGGUAGCGUAUAAGGAUGAGCCUUUUAUUAUGGCAUCCCAAGCAAAACAAGUGUUUUAUGUUAGUGAUCCUUCUAACAAAAAAUGGUUAGUGGUUCUCCAAGGUAAAAGUUUUCAUGGACCAAAUGAAAGUCUAGAUUCAACGCUAGAUGUUUUUGACACUCCUCCAUUCUCACAACGAAUACUUACUUUCGUUGAAGAAACUAUAGUGGACGAUGAGUAUGCCACUCGUGAUGAUCAUCAAGAAGGCAUAUGGGAGAAUAUUCAAACAUAA